ACAAAGACAGUGGAGAGGGGGACCAUUCCUCCUAACAGAACCGGUUUCACCAAGACCAAGGUAAACAACGUGACAAAGACAGUGGAGAGUGGGACCAUUCCUCCUAACAGAACCGGUUUCACAAAGACCAAGGUAAAGAACGUGACAAAGGCAGUGGAGAGGGGGACCAUUCCUCCUAACAGAACCGGUUUCACCAAGACCAAGGUAAACAACGUGACAAAGACAGCGGAGAGGGGGACCAUUCCUCCUAACAGAACCGGUUUCACAAAGACCAAGGUAAAGAACGUGACAAAGGCAGUGGAGAGGGGGACCAUUCCUCCUAACAGAACCGGUUUCACCAAGACCAAGGUAAUCAACGUGACAAAGAGAGCGGAGAUGGGGACCAUUCCUCCUAUCAGAACCGGUUUCACCAAGACCAAGGUAAACAACGUGACAAAGACAGUGGAGAUGGGGACCAUUCCUCCUAACAGAACCGGUUUCACCAAGACCAAGGUAAUCAACGUGACAAAGAGAGCGGAGAUGGGGACCAUUCCUCCUAUCAGAACCGGUUUCACCAAGACCAAGACCCUGCUGGCUAAGGCCCUGUAUGAUAACAUAGCCGAGUGCAGUGAUGAGCUGGGCUUCAGGAAGGGAGACGUGGUUACAGUGCUGCAACAGGAAGUAGAAGGGAGCUGUGGUUGGUGGAUGUGCUUUCUGUCUGGACGACAGGGCCUGGCACCAGCCAAUCGCCUGCAGCUCCUACCACUGGCCCCACUCCAGACCCCGGCUCAGACCCAGGGCAAGGUUCCUGGUGCUGGUAGUGUUGAACCAGGCAGUGACUCUGAUAGGCCUGGGAACCUCUACCAGAUCCCCAGCAUAUCCCGACACACCCACUCCUCCAGCCCCGCCUACGAAUGCAUGGACCGUGCCUACAAGGCAUCUGUCAGCAGUGUGUUCUCUGGCUGUUCCAAGGGAGAGGUCUAUGAUGUCCCCAGCCUUGUCAGACGAGCCUCUCUAUUCCCUGCAUCCACAACACCGCGACAUUUGACCCAGAAGGCGUCGUUGAUGGAAACCUCUGACCUGGAGAGACAGUUUGACACCCGGAGCAGUAGGAGGCGCUGCAGCCCCAGUCCCAGCCUGGACUAUGUGUAUGCUGUUCCUCCCACGGUGGUCCCAGACCCCAGCUAUGACAUCCCUAUCCCCUCCUCCGUCCCCCCCUCCAUCCCUCCGGCCUCAGUCAUCCAGCAGAGGCUAGUGGCCGGAGGCUACAAUACCUCACCCAGCCCCCAGAGACAGCCUAGCAGUUACAGCACCCUUCCAAACCCCCGCAAGUCAGACUGGAUCUAUGAUGUACCCAGCUCUCCUGAGAAACCUGGUGGUGAGCCUGGGUACUACACCAUUCUGCCAUCUGGUGGCCAACCUGGAUAUUACACACACCUGCCAUUUGGUGGCCAGCCUGGGUACGACACCACCCUGCCCUCCAAGGCCCUGAGCUUUGACAGGCAGCUCCACGACACUCCGACAGACCGUAACUGCUCUGCUCAGUCCUUCUAUGACAUCCCCAAACCUAGAUCCCCUCCCCAGGGGUCCAAGGACCCCCCCAACCCCCCCAGGGUCCUCCCCAGGCCUCCUCUCUACGACAGACCCCCAGGGCAGAUGCAGAUUGACAAGGAGCACUGUGUGUACGCUGUCCCCCCUCGGGAGCAGCUCUCAGUUUUCGUCCCCCACAGAGGACACCAUGUCCCGUUGGAGUCGGGGGACUCUGGUCCUACCUACAACCACCCCAACCCCCAGGGCAGGCUGCAGAGGGGCCGUCUGGGGCUAGUGGCUGGGGCUCUGGGAGCCAGGCCUGGUAGGGGAGACACUCUGUUACAGGAAGAGGAUGAAGAGAGCGGUAGAACGACAACGUCAACAUCAGACAAACAGAGGAUCAGCACAGCCUCCACGUCCUCCACCUCCUCCUCCUGCGACUCCCUGGCGCUGUGCUCCUCUUCCUCCCCGGAGCCGCAGCGGGAGGUGUGUCUGAGCCAGGAGGAGGCGUGUCGCAGGCUGCUCAUCCUACAGCAGGAGGUGUGCAGGGAGGUGCCGCGACUCAUGGAAUUUGUCUCCUCUAGCUGGAGGAGCAGGGAUCACCUGGAAAAGCACCUCACGGAGAUCAGGUCUGCAGCAGAGGGUGUGGCGGCGUCGGUGACCUCCUUUCUGACCUUUGCCCUGGAUGUGAAAGGUAACGCCCGGCGCCUGACCGACUCCAACCUGCAGGCGCGUCUCCAGCGCCAGCUCUCAGUGUUGGAGGACUCCGGCCUCAUCUUGCAGCAGGCCGUCAGCUCCCUGGGCGUCGCCGGCUGGCCCCUCCCUUUGCUGGCCCAGGAUCCCACCCAGAACCACACCCCAGACCAGCUAGACAGCCUCGUCAGGGUAACCAGGACCAUCCCUGAAGAUGUCAAGAGAAUGGUAUCCAUUGUCAAUGCCAACGCCAAGCUGCUGUUCCGGCCCAGUACCAGUACCACCAAUAAUACCAGUACCUCUACCAGUCAGUUUAUGAAGAAGAGAACAGAGCAGAGAGAAGACUCAGGAACAGAUCAUCAUGACAAUGUCCAGCUACAGGAGGACCAGAAGCGUUGCGUGUCUGAGCCCCAGAUCUGUGUGGACGGCCCUAGGAGAUCUUCAGAAUCCCUGUCCCUGAGGAAGCCCUUCAUCUCUGACUCUGGUGACGUCUCCAGGAGGACCUCUGAGCCCCAGGUCUCCCUGUCUGCUAGGAUGGCCUCUCAGUCUGAGCCCCAGGUCUCUGAUGUCCCUAGCCCUGGGAAGUCCUUUAACUCCCAGGUAGACAGCCCUAAGAGACACUCCACCCAGUCAGAACAUUGCCGGCUAUACUUCGGGGCGCUGCAGAAGGCAAUUUGUCUGUUCAUAACCAGCCUGGACAGCCAGACCCCGGAGAAGUUCAUCUCCCACAGCAAGCUGAUCAUCAUGGUAGGCCAGCGACUGGUGGACACGCUGUAUCGAGAGGCCCAGAAAGGAGAGGCCCAGAGAAGGGAGCCCGGGUCAGUGUCAGAGUCAGGGUUGGGGCCCAGCCAGAGCCAGAACCAGGUUCUGCUGUGUAGGUGCAACCACAUGUGUGCCCUGUUAAAACAGCUGGCUGUAGCCACCAAGAAGGCAGCUCUGCAUUACCCUGAAAGACAGGCUCUGCAGGAGGCCCAGGACUUUGCCAAGGAGCUGGCUCAGAGAGCACAGCACUUUAGGAUCUCUCUGGACCUCUGAGAGAGACAGACGUUUAUCUUAAGGACGCAACAGACAGUGCCGACGAACAGUGAAAAGCUGUCCUAUCCCCUCUGACCACAGAACGUCGCCAUAACGUUGAAUUGGCACCGUUCAUCAGCACGCAGCAGGUGCUCCACAGCUCACAUGUUUGGUCUGUAUUUUCCUAGUCAUUGGAGCUCUAAAAGCCAAUUUAUGCUUGAUCCGUGAAUGUGGUCGGAGGCGCAGUAUGGAUGGUGUGAUGCAAUUGCGGAGCCUCGGGAAGCAGAGGCCAAAUUGAGCGCCAUACACCACCAUUUUUUUUAACAAUGUGGAGGGCUCCGUAUAGCACCGCAUUGACAUGAUAGGUUGACGGUAGUACAUCCUGUAUAAACACAACUUGACAACAGCUCUGCUCAACUGCUCCGCGAAGCGCAAGGAGUAUGAAUGCCCUGACUACUGCAGAGACCGUAUCAUCCUAAACGGAUCACGGGCCAAAGCAGACAUCGGAUUGACCACGCAGCGCCUUUAAGGGAGACUGCAACCAUUGUGCCAACUAAAAUGUUCCCAGAGGACCUGCGGACUAAUAAAAAACGAAUUGCACAUUUAAGAUGGAAUUUUAUGAAGCCAAAUCUAAAAUGUAUUUACCAAGACAUUGUAUGUGAUCGUAUGUGACAUGUAUACGAUAGGGAUAUGUUAUUACUUGUAUAGCUGACUUCGAUAUCAAUGGCCUGAAUACUGUAGUAGAAUAUUUUGACUGUAUUCUGUUUCACUGUUUUUAUACGAACCCAGUUAACCUAUAGCCUUCUACUACUGUAUGUACAUAGCCUUCUCAAAAUACAAUUGAGUACAUUCCUAAUUUUAAAAUAUGAUUAAAAGGAUUAAAUAGUUGGAAAGAAUAAAAUCAAGUUCACAGCUUAAUGAGAUAAAAAAAAAUGAAUAAUUAAAAACAUUUAUUUUUUCUUCAA